AUGGCUGCAAGCGUUUGCUGCAGAUGGUGGACGAUGGCUUUUUCAAGGACAUCGCGAUUUAUCGCGGCAUUGAGAAUUUUCUGUUGCAGUUUGGUGUUGUCGAAGAUCCCAAGCGAGCGGGCGGCUAUGAGAAGAUCAUGGACGAUCCCUUGUGUGGCGUGCCAUAUCUCGAAGGUAUGGUUGGCUUUGCUGCAGCUGGUCCUAACACGCGGACCCAACAGCUGCAGUGCUCCCUCCUUGGGCAAGAACUCGGUGGAGACUCCCAUUGGGCGUGUUGCUGAAUGCAGCCUUGGCACUUUGCGAAAGAUACAGCUCAUGGGAGACAUCCCGCAAUGUGGAGGUCGAAUUGCUCCCGUCGUGUCGGAGGGUCACCACAUCGUGCUAAGCUCUGGCCCUGAUCCGCAGAAGUUGGCCAACCUGGGAAAUGCCAGAGGUCAAAUCUUCUGUGUGACACUUCUUCAACGCAUGGAUUCACGUACCAAGCUGGAGUGCUUAGGAAAUGAUUUCCGUCACCAUUUGCCAGACUUGGAUGCAUUGGAAGAAAGCAUGGGAUGCCGUUUGUAUCGACAGUGGCCAAUCUGCGAGGUGGAGGAUGUACUGCAGAUGAAGCCAGAGUUGCAGAGCUUGCCUGACUGGAAAGUUUGGGAAGCCUACAUUAACUGGCACAAAUGCUGGAUCUCUGAUCGCGCAAGCAACUACAUUGACUUUUACAACCGUCACCUUAAAUUGGGGGAGGUAGCAGCUUGCUUGGGACAUUUCCGCCUUUGGCAGAAAGCCUUGGAGGAGGAUUUAGAUGUUUGCCUGGUCUUUGAGGAUGAUGCAAGGCCAAGUACACUGCUUUGA